CACGAUUGGGCAAGACAUAUGGACUAAAUUUUGGUAUAUUUUCGUCCAUUUCAACGUCUGAUUUCUACAUCGUUAGCGUACCUACAUACAAAUAAAGAACACACGAGUUCUCAAAAAUAACUGUUCUAUCAAAAGGAGAUGAGAAUCAAGGUAUGCGCAGCUAGGAUGGUGAAUUGACGCAUUAAAAGUAUAGAAACCUAACCCCCAAAAAUUGCUACUAGAAAAGAAAGAUGGAAAAGAAUACAAGGUCUAAUAGCAGUGUCGCUGGUGAAAGAACAUUACGUCAUCGUUCCGAUGUAAGUCCAGCGCAGUCCAAAGUGAGGCUCCAAUCUCCUGGUGUAUCGCAUACAAAGAAAUCUGCAAACAGACGUACAGAAAGCCCAGGCGCAAGUAAAAAGGAUACAGGUCACAAAAGAAAGAAAUCAAUAUCUGAAAGCCCAAACGUAAAUAAAAAAGAAAUUAAAAAUAAAACUUCGAAUUCACCGGCUAGGAGUCCAAACAUCACCAAACAAGGAAUAAAGACGGAGAAAUCAAAAGUGAGAAAUGAAAGUCCAGGGCUAGCAAGUGGCAAUAAAUCUGCACAAAAGACACAAACUAAAAAUCCAAUUGAGAAAAUCAAUGACUUAAAGUCACCCAAUUUAGGAUCUCCAGAUUCCAUUAAAUCGCCAAGAGGGAGAGGAAGACCAAAAAAGGACAUUGCUGUUUCAGAAGCGUCCUCUCGUUCCUCCACUCCAGAUAUAGCAAUCUCGAAUAGUGCAAAACGUGGUAGAGGUCGACCAAAGACAAUAUCGCCAAUUAAGAUUGAACCGGAAAGUGAAUCCAAUGACAGUGACAUUGAUUUUCCUAAACUAAAAGACUCUCAUAUGAAUGCUCUAAAAAUGGAUCCAUUUGAAUUCCAAGAUGAUUUGGAUGAUGAAAGUUAUUCAAUGGGGCCACCGAGUAGACCGUUGAGAUUAUCAGUUGACCAACAAAGCGACCAAUCAUCAUUAGGGCCUCAUUCUCCAACUAAACCACCCGAUUUAGAAAAAGAAACCUUUCUAAACCCAAGUACUUCAAAGCCAUUUGAGACUAUACCCAAAAAAGGGCGUGGUCGUCCGAAAAAGAUAUCCCCUGCUCAUGACUUAAACAAAACGGAGCAAUUUAAAAUAAAGACUGGUAAAGUCAUCGAACGGAGGCUAAGUGAGGGACCGCCACAACUUGAACCUGAAAUCCCACAGAGCUUCUUAAACAACAUUGAACAAGAGCAGUCAGAGUCCAUUGAAAGACAAACAAAGGAAAUGGUGGAUUCUCCUGACUCCAGUACAACUAAAAGAGGAAGGGGUAGACCACCAAAAUCAGAAAAACAAAAUAAAGAAUGUAAUAAACAAAAUAAUGAAAUAAGAUUAGAAAACUUACAGUCACAGGGAGGAAUCACGAGGAAAGAAUGUUCGCCUUUAGUUGAACCAAUUAAAAAGCGGGGCAGACCUCCUAAACAAACAAUAGAAAACAAUGCAGUAAUCCUCACAACUGAAGAAUUAAAUGAACAAUUGACCAUUGAUGACAGCACAAUUAAAGACAAUGUGAAUAGUCCCACAAAAAGCAGGGGGAGACCCCUGACAAGGAAACCUAUACAGACUUCUGAUAAAAUACAGAAACCAAACUUGCCACAAUAUGAAUCUAAAGACACUGACAGUUCCCCUGUGACCUCUCAAAGGAGAGAGAGUCACAAAAGAGUGGGGCGGCCAAGUGGGAGGAGUAAGUCGAGAGGGAGGAGCAAGUCAAGGGGGAGGAGCAAGUCAAGGGGGAGGAGCAAGUCAAGGGGGAGGAGCAAGUCAAGGGGGAGGGGCAAGUCAAGGGGGAGGAGCAAUACAAAAGAAGUGGAGAUGAAUGACAUUGAAAAACAAAAAAUCAACGAAAUCCAUGAAACAAAUAAACAAAGUGAGAUGGACAUUACUGAAACUAUAGGUAAAACAUCAAGGGAAACGAUGAGUGAAGCAUCAGAUGCUGGUAGAACUGAUCAAAUCACUAUAAGCAAUACUGCCAUCAAUGAAAGCAAAUCUGAAACUGGUCCAAAAAGAAGGAGUGAGAAACGCCCAAUAUAUAAAGGUGCUAAGAAACUGGCAGUUGACUUAGAAAAACUUAUCAAUGAUAAAAACAUAACUUGUGUAAGUAAAACUGAAGCAAAAAACAAACAAACAACACAAAUCAAAAAUAUAGAGCAUAGUAUUAAUAAAAGUGAAAAUAUGACACUUGAACAAAAGGCAGAACAAGCUAAUGUAAAUAAUGAGGAGACAAUUGACAAUGUAGCAGAUAAUACGGGUGUUAGUAAUAGCAUUGAUGAUACUAUUAAGCCUGUGAAACCAAGGAGGGGAAGACCCCCUAAAAGAAGAGAAGACAGCAUUGAAGCCAAAUCACCUUUAGCAACAAAUGAAAGUAGAAAUCUUUCCACAGGGAAAACAUCCGAAUCAACUGUGGAGCCAAAAACAAAAGACAAUAUAACUCAGAGAAAACGAUCAAAGUCUGCAUCUCGGUAUAAAGUAGGCAAUGCUUUGAAAAAUGUGAUGACAGAUGCUGAUAAAGGUGAUUCCGAAAAUGACAAUCAUAUGGAUGAUCCGGGCACUGAUGGUGAUAAGUCGGAGAUGAAUAAAACUGAUGAUGUGAUUGGUCCAAACAAUGAAGUCCAGCCAAAUACUAUUUCAUUUGUAAAAACAGGUUUGCCUUCAGAUCAUACCAACCUUGACAUAUCAGUAAUUACCACAAGAACAUCACAGGUGCCUGCAAAAUCAGCAAAUGUGAAAACUUCUGCAAUCACAAUUUCCCCAGAUCGCACGUCAGCCAUCGCUCCAAGCAGUACACAGAACAAUGAAAUCAAUACUGCAGUAACGUCACAGGAGACUCGACCCAAUCACCAUGACUCAACAGGAGAUUUGGAACAAGUCACGUCUCCAACAUUAAGAAGAUCAGAACAUGCAGAUCUUAAUCAAGACAUUACUAUCUCAAAACCAGUUGAGGUAUCAUCUGAUUUAAGUGACAAACAAGAUCAAAUUAAAUCAAAAGAUGUCACUACCAAUGUCAUUAUAGGUGACGGGGAUUGCCUAGAUGAUCUCAAUACUGUUGAAAAAACUCUAGAAAAGACAACAAAAGUUAAUAAAAAGCAAUCAAGUGUUGUUCGAAGAGGGAGAUCGAAAACACGCUUUGUUGAUGAUGAAUUACCAAACAUCGGAGACAGUAUCCCAUCAACUAGUUUGCAAGACAGUUUACAACAGACUCAAUUCAAAAGCAGGUUGAGAAAUAAUUCACCAAGGCGAAUUGAACAACAUGAUAAACGAGCAUCUAUUAAUGACAAAUUAGUUGCUAAGGAUACAGAGGUAACGUUAAUCUAUAAGGAUGACAAAGUGGCCUUGUAUGAUGCGGACGCCCAAAUUGACAUUAACCCUCAGUCGGACACUAUAGUCCCUAAACCCAAGAGGGGAAGACCAAAGAAACAUUCAAAACCUGCUGUUGAAAGCAGUAAAAUCACAGCUGUAUCUAAACCUGCUGUUGAAAGUGGUAACUCCACAGCUGUGUCUUUAUUAAUUAAGAGAACCGAUGCGGAUAUAACCAAUAUUGACAAUAUUAACUCUUCACAAAAUCUAGAGCCAGAAAUCCCAACGGCAUCCUUGUCUUUGGAAAAUGUUGGAUCUGACAUUGCAAACGUCAGUUCAGAUGUCAAAGAGGUCACAUCUGAUGUCAGGAAGGUUCAAGCUGAUGUCAAAAUGGUUGAAUCUGAUGUCAAAAAUGAUGUAGCUGAUGACUUGAAAGAUAGGUCAGAUGUCAUUACUAAUGCUGGUUCUGGAAAUAUACUUGUUGAAUAUGAAACUAUAAAGUUUGGAUCUAAAACAUCCGAAACGUUCAAAGAGGAACCAACCAUUGAUGAUUUAUUAACCCAAGAAACUCGAGAUGUCAUAAAAGUUGGUUCACCAUCUUGUGAAAAACUUGACAACAAUCAACCAAGUAUAACGCUCAAAGCUGCUACCUUCCCAGAACAAGCUCAACCCCUCGUCACUCUUGCCCCAGAGUUUGCCGUUGAGACCCCUAAUUAUAUACCAAUAGUUGAAGCAGCAACUGACUCCCUUGGUGGUUACGGAUUGGAGACUCCAUGUACGCUAGAAGAGAAUGUGAUUAUACAAGAUGCUUUGAUGCCAGUACAGACUGAGCUCAUCCAGAUUAACACACCAAUUAUAACACAAAGUAAUACUUCUGAGGCUUUCCCUCCCUCCCCCCAUUCUCCAGCGAUCUUCACUGAUUCUACAAUGCGUUUAGAAGGAACCACAAUGUAUAAUACAAACGACACAUCCCCAACAGGAAUCCUUCAGUCUGAAAGUAGUAAAUCAAAGGGUAAACCGAAACCCCAAGAGGUGAAACAGAAACGCUACGUUGUAAAUGUCACCCGAGAUGGCAGAGUUGAGACCACCCCUAUGUCUGAGGAAGAAUCGCGUAGAAUACAGAAAACUAAAUAUGUACCUGAACGAAUGAGGGUUAAUGUUGAUACGAGCCAUAGACGUAGUGAAAGGAUUAAAGAAGCACCCGCGCCAUCAUCAGAAUCGAAUAAUUCUCCAAUACAACAGAACCUAUUGCCCUAUGAAGCUGUGUCACAUAUAAAUCAAACGAUGCAAGAGGCAUUUGUGCCCGGGGUCAUCUUGAAUCCGACAGGGAUAACUGGGGCUGAUGUUGCCACCUAUGGGAACCCAACAGAAACAGGCUUGCCAACUGAUAUUGAUUUCCCACUGGAGCAAGAAGAUCUGGAGAAUGAGAACUUUACACUAGUUCUUGAAGAAUCUGAGAGUUCCGAGUCUUCACCUGCUACACCAUUCAAUGAACACACCACACCAUUCAAUGAACACACCACACCAUUCAAUGAACACACCACACCAUUCAAUGAACACACCACACCAUUUAAUGAACACACCACAGAUGAACCAGAUAUAGAGAUUCCUAAUCAUGCCCCACCUAAGGUUGUUAUAGAUCACUGCUAUGCAGCACCUCCAGAUGAUAAGACCAAUCAAUCAUCUGCACUCAAAGUAAUCGCAAGGGAUAUUACGGACCACAUGGGACAAAAUCUGACAUCAUCAAAUAUGCCAAUUCUGACAAGUAUUUUAGAAAAACCUAAACCGUUACAUCAGCAGCAAAGAGAUGAGUAUGGGCAGCCUUCAAUGAAAAGGUCUAAAUUAGAAAUUGCACCUUCUGCCACGUUGACAUCUGAGCUCUCACAGGAAAGUUCUGGGAGUAAAAUAUCGGUGGUACUUGUUGAAAUGAAGUCGCCAAGUACACCGGAAAGUGACGUCAAAAACAUCAUGAAGAACCCAUCGAAAUACAUACAAACUACUAGGGCCAGUAAUAUUGUGACAAUUACACCGAAACAAUCAAAACCAAUACCAGAUCCUACAAAGCCAAAGAACAAAGGAGGAAGGCCAAAAAAGAAGAAAAGAGGCCCUAAACCAAAGCCAAAAAUACCUGUUGAAGUCCCAAAGACAGUUGAACCAGAAAAGACUGAAAUUCAAGAAGAUUUGGUAGAAAGUGGAAAAGUUAGUGAGGUUCAAUUUGCUGCAAAUGCAGACUUGGAAACUAUCACAAAAACAGAGUCGGAAACCACCGCAAAAACAGACGUAGAAGCUAUCGCAAAAAUAGACUCCGAAACCACAGCAAAAACAGACUCUGAAACUGUUACAAAAUCAGACUCAGAAACUAUCUUAAAAACAGACUUGGAAACUAUCUUAAAGACCUCCCCAGAAACUAUCACUAAAACAGGCUUAGAAACUGUCGCAAACAUAGACUCUGAAACUAUUGCAAAAGCAGACUCAAAAAUCACCAAUGAAACUAUUGUUGAGACAAACAUUGAAAAUCAAAUUGAACCAAAAGAGGUUACCGAAGUCAAAAAAGAUGAAUCAGAUUCUCAAGCGAUAAAUUCACUAGGUGCUGAGAAUGAAAAUUCUGUGAAUGAAACUGAAAAUAUGAACAUCACAUCUGGAGAAGCAAAGAUCGAUGGAGAAUUAGUAACUGACACACACACAAAUGUUCAAUCUAAUAAGCCAAGAUUAGAUCCUGAAACUGAAGAGAAACAGCAUGAAAAAUAUAGAAAAAUAGAUUCAGAUAUGAUACAAGUUGAGCAUAUGAGUGAGCUUUAUGAAACAAAUGAGGAUAAGAGAUCUGUACAGGAAAAUGAGACUAAAAUGGAUGAAGGCAUAGUAACAUCAAAGGAUGAAAAUAUGACUUUAACAACAGACAAUAUUGAUACCACUAAAUGUAAAGACGCUGUUGAUAAUGUAAUGGAAAACAAUGAUGUCAUUGAUAAAACCCCUGAUGAUGAUAAUAUGAUUGAAACUGAUUUAAGCUUUGCGAUGGAAGGUGUUGAUGAGUCAAUCUUUUUGGAAGACUCUAAUAACAGUCAAGGGGAACAUGAAAAUGAAGUUCCAGAAGAAAAAGACCAACUUAUAUUGGAGCAAGACAACAUUGAAGUUGAUCAACCAACAGCAAUAAAUGCUAUGGAUAUCGCAGAUGCAAUAGACAUAGACAAAUCCUCAAAUAUGAGGACAGAUGAACUCAAGAAUAUGAAUCAAUAUAUUGAUGAUAUUCCUAAUGAGAAAGAUGCAGAGAAAUGUGCCAUUUUACCUGAUGCAGAAGUUGCAGUUGAUAACAUUGUCGAUGGAGAUAAUCAUGAACCUGUAGAAAUUGAUGCAGAUGCCAAAGUGGAGGAAAAUAUUAAAACAGAUAGCAAUAAAUUCACAGAUAAUGAUACAGAAGUUGCAGCUGAGGACAAUGUUGAAGGUGACAGUAAUACAUUCAAAGAGAAUGAUGAAGCUGAGGACAAUGUUAAAGAAGAUCGAGAUGCAGUCACAGAGAAUGAUACAGAAAUUAAAGUAAAGGAAAAUGUUGAAAGAGAGGGUAAUAUAUCUCUAGAAAAUGAUGCAGAAGUCACAAUAGAGGAAAACAUCAAAACAGAUAAUAAUACAUUCAUAGAUAAUGAUGCAGAAGUAAGAAUCAAUGAUAAUACUGAAACAAAUGAACUCAUAGAGAAACAGGAGGAGGUUCCAACAGGUGACAAUAAACUUGUUGAAGAACCUCCUAUAGAUGAAACAGAAACUGUGUUAGAAGAUUCAUCAUGUGAGUCCAAGGAACCAAAACUUGCUAGUAAACCUGUCACAGAUGAAGAAGAUAAAUCUUAUGCUUUGUCAGUUGAUGCUAACCUUGAAAUAUGUGAAGCCAGCAAAGAGAAGGGAGAUAACGACAAUUAUACAGAAAUGACUGAUGACAUAGUUAUGGAACCAGUACAGAACCAAUGCCAUGAAGAGCAGGAAGAGAGAACCAAAGAACAAAUAACUGAUCUCCUUGAUGUGGUUGAGAAAGAUGACCAAUUAAAAGAACAAGAGCUUAACAAAUCUAUGUCUGAAAGUACAGAUAAGUACAAUAUAACAGAGGAAGAGAGUAACAAAGGCAAUAAUGUUGCUAACUUGGAAAUACCAGUGGAUAAUAAUACAAGUGAGAAAACAGAGGACAAACCAAUGGAAAUAACCAUCAAUUCUGCAUUGAUAGCAAGAGUCGAUGAUGUUACAAGUGAAGAAAAGAGUACAGCCAUUGAAAUUGAUAUAGCAACAAAUGAAUCUAAUGUGAAUGUCACUUCAGAAAUCGUAGUUAAUAAACCUGAAAAUGAGGAACUGAAAGCUGAAAAAUCAGUCGUAGCUGAAGACGAGGACUUAAAAUUGGAAGCUGAAAAAGUUGCUGUAGCUAAAGAUAAGGACUUAAAAUUGGAAGCUGAAAAACUUGCUGUAGCUAAAGAUAAGGACUUAAAAUUGGAAGCUGAAAAACUUGCUGUAGCUAAAGAUAAGGACCUAGAAUUGAAGGCUGAAGUACCUGCUGUAGUUAAAGAUAAGGACUUGGAAUUAAUAGCUGCUGCUAAUACUGAAAAUGAAAUGGCACCAGCUGAUGCAGCAAUAGAUGAACAAUCCCAUAAUGAUGCUCCAAUUAUAACUUUAACUAAGGCAACAGAUGAGGAACAUAUGAUAGAAGAUGACAUACCUGAUGAGGCCAAGGAGAUGGAAACUAUGGUUGAGUCAUCAGAUAUAACUUUGGAAAGGCCAUUGGGAAAGACAUCAGAUUCAACAGUAAAGGAACCAGCCAAGAUGAAACACUUUGGCUCAAGAAAUAUAUGGGAUGUACUCACGGGGAAAAGUCCAAGCCAUGCUGGGUCAUUUGAAGAUCUUACUGCACGGACAGAACAGCUUGAUGGUUGUAGCAGCCAGACAAAAUCUGAACUCCUAAGGCCUAUAGAUGAAACACAGAAAGUCAUCACUAAAGAAAAAACUCUUGUAAUUGAAAAGUCCGGUGUGAGUUUAUCUGACUUUACAACAGGUCCAGGGGCACUAGAUGAAGAUAGGCUAACAAGGAAUACAGGAAAGGGAAGUUUAGCAGUGGAAUCUACUUCAUCAGAUGUUGAGCAAACUUUGACAAAAAAAUUAAAAAUCUCCCAUUUCACAAACAUUAAACCAGUGAAUGUUAAAUCAGUGGAUCUCAUGGAUGUUAAAACGCUAGAUGUUACAGAUGUUAAAACAAUAGAUGUCAGAGAUGUUGAAACAGUAGAUGUCACGGAUGUUAAAACAGUAGAUGUCACAAAUGUUGAAAGAGUAGAUGUCAAAAAUAAUGAAACAAUAGAUGUCACAGAUGUUGAAACAGUGGAUAUCACAAGUGUUAAAUCAGUAGAUGUCACUGAUGUUAAAGUCCCAAAUGCUACUGAUAUUCAACCAGUGGAUGUUCAAGGUAUUAAAACUGUGGAUAUAAAUGUUAAAACAGCAAAUAUCACUGAUAUCAAUGAUAUGAAGGACAUCUUCCAUGAAGACACAAUUAAUGUUAGUAAUACAGCCACAUUGUCGACAACUAAAGAUAACACUGAACUCAAACCUGUUGAAGUUGAAAAUUCAAAAUAUGAACAAUCUGAGGUAGCACUUAUAAGCAAAGACAAAUCUACAGUGUUACCUGAAACUGGAGGAGGAGUUAAAACUGUUGAUGAACAAACUGAUGAGAAAGCAACAGAAAUUGAGAAUGACAAUAAGGAGAUGGUAACUGAUGCUGUUGAAACUGAUAUAAACAUUAAAGAAGUAAUGGAAAAAGAUGAGGAUAGUUCAAACAUGUCACAAAAUGAACAUGAGGAGAUAAAUAUUGAUACUGAUGAAAGUGUUGAUCUUAAAGAAGACACCACUGAAAAAUGUGAAUCAGUUAAAAAACUAAACAUAGCUCCUCAUGUGAUUAAUCGAGGACGUGGUCGCCCAAGGGGACGAGGUCGCUCUAAGGGACGAGGUCGACUUUUCACUGCGAUUAAACGUAGGGGAAGAGUUCACUCUCAGAGUAUCACCAAGCGUGGCCGUGGUUGCUACAAAAAGUCUAGAUUGGCAAUGAAUGCAUUUUCAUUUGCUGUUAUGAAGGACUCUAAAGUGGAUUCACAUGACACUAAGGGUGAUUGGCAAGACAUUCACGAUGAAUCGAAAGACACAGGGGAUAAUGUAGAAGAUUCCAAGGAUAAAACUAUAUCUAAUGCUGACAGUAGCAAUGCAAAAAGUUUGGUUCUUGUCCCAGAUCCAGUUUUAAAGAUUUCCGAAGACCAGACAUCAGACAGAGAACAAAUUGAAGAGCAUGAUAUUGACUUAAAUGAUGGAGAAAGUAUCUCCACUAUGGAUACAGAUGAUGAUAGAGGACUGCCGGCUAAUGAAGCUGUACACAAUGAGUCAGAGAAUGUCCAACAAGACUCCAAAUCUUGUUCUUACGAAGUUCAUGCACAAGCCUCCGAUCUAAAAAUUGUUAUAAAGAGAGGAAACAAAAUUGGACGACGGAAAAAAUCUGUGUUGGGCCGACCAAAAGUAAUUAAAAAUAAACUGAAGCGAACCCUUUCCCCAGUUUUAGAGACUCGGUCACAGGAGCGAAAAAGGCAUAGUCCAAGUCCUGUCCCUACAUUGACUAUAUCAACCCGUAGAACUAAAGCUGCAAAUGACGACGACUAUAGCAAACUCUUAGGAAAAGCUCCAUCAAGCCGAAUGGACAGAGAGUUGCAAAAAUUGUUUUCAAUUAGUCACGGAAAACAGGUGUCCAAACAUGGUAUAGUUCUAAAUAGAUGGAGAACGGCAGCAGGCGAGGAAUAUAUAGAAACUCCAGAAGGUGUUUUCCCUGUUAAGGUGCCUGACCCUGAGCCCAUCCCUGAAGAUAACAUUGAACAAAAUAAUUCUUCAGAAAAACAACUUAAGGUGGAGGAUUGUAUGGCAAAGAGUGACAAUUUAGGGACUGAUACAGUUCCUAAAACAGAAAAAGAUGGAUCCCCAUUAAGGAAAGCAGUUAAGUCUAAAUUAAAAGAUAAAUCUCCACAUGUAUCACCAGCACUAGUAAUAGCUAAAGAUGAGUCACCAACGAGAAAAUCUACCACUAAAUCCAAAAUGAAGGAAAAGGCAGCUAAGACUUCCCAAAAUUUACCAAAGAAAGACAAGUUUCUUAAAAGGGUCGCAAAACCACAAAUGGUAUCAGUCAGUCCUCAUGCUCCUGGAACUAAAGUUGAGGCAGUUAGGAGAAUAAAUAUGCUGUUAGCGGAUUGUCAACAAUGUAGUGUGCAUUUGAGAGAUUUUGUGAAAAGUAUAAAACACCCAGCCUUGAAGAGGAAGUACUUACAAAAAGCUUCAAAACGACCACAAACAGCAAGAAAAUCUAUGAAGAUGCUAAGACCAAUUAAAAGGAAAUUAUCUAAAGAGUCUGGCAUGGAUGUAGUAAAGGAUCCAAAUUUUAUUGAUAUUGAAUCACAAAUUCCAAGCGAGCCUACAGGAAAGAAAAGGAAGAUUAGUCCUUCAUCUGCAUAUGAAAAACAAUUUAAAGAUUUUAUGAAUCACAACACUGUAACUGAGAUGACAUCUGAUUUAACAAAAGAGACUCCAUUUGAAAAAGAAUUUGCAAACUUUGUCAAGAAUCAAAAAAUAACUGAAAUGGAGAAGCCUGUUAAAAAGCAGUACUUCAGGGAAACUUUUGCAAAGAGCAAGGUAGCUAUGCCUGAAAAGAAAGAUGAAUCAGGUGAUGAUAUCACAGAGCAACCUGAAAAAUGGACCUUAGCUAAAGUUGGCGAUGUUAAAUAUCGUUUAGCUGUUGCAAAGAAAUCAACAUCAAAAUCAUUAUCUCCAAAACUGUCUAAAUCAUUGUCGCCAAAAGUGUCACAGUCUAAAGUAUCGACGUCUCCAACCGCAUCAGAAUCAUCAUCCCCAAAAAUCAAAAUUAGUCGCCGCUUUGAAUGUAUCUCAUGUGCUUUCAAAUCUAACAGCAGGAAUGUUAUGGAAGACCAUGUUUACGACCACACCAACGUUAUCCCCUUCUCAUGUGGUUACUGCAAUCAGAUAUUUGCGACAAGAGGAGCCGUUAUUGUACACAAUCGGCGAUUUCAUGCCAAUUCAAAGCUAAACAUUGUUAAAAGUAAUGGCAUCAAAGAGCAAGAUUUCUACAUUGAUAAAGGACUUAAGAUUGAUGAUUGUCCCGAGGAUGACCAAUUGAAUAAGUAUAUUGAGAAAAGCUCACCUCCACGACUUAUGGAAGAGAGUGAUGAAUCUGAUGAGGCGUCGCCAACUAAACCUGAGAAUGCUCCAUAUGCAUCAGACACACUUGUGAUUUUAAGAUCAAAUUUGCAAAAGCAAAAGAAGGCUAAACCAGCUGUUAAAUUGCCUGUUAAAGUAUUUCCAUACAGACCAAUACUGCCAAAACCAAGCAAUGAUUCUGUUAAACAAUCUAAUGUGAACCAGGGUGGUAAGCCGAAAAAGGUGGUACAGGUUGUCCAACCUCAGACUGCUGUCGUGCUCCCAACACCCAAAGUCCAACCAACACUUCCAAUGAAAAAUUCAAUGGCGGAUAGGAUGGCUAAGUCCACUAGUCACACUGGAGGUGUUUUCUUAGAAAUCCCACAUAUGUACCAGUGCGGAUAUUGUGCAUUCAAGCAUACGACAAAAACUGGAAUGGCGGCACAUGGAGCUGAGAAACAUCUCAAUGAAAAACGGUUUAUAUGUACUGUGUGCGACAAUUGCUUUAGUGAAAGCAUAACUGGUAUAGAGAGACAUUUCGUCAAUGUGCACCCUCAGAAGGAACUGCAAUAUAAACUAGCACCAGAUUUUUACGAUCUUAAUGAUCCCAUUCAGAAGAAAUCAUACUCAGAUAGGGCUACAAUAAUUAAUGCAUUAGGGAUUGAUACAGAUAGAGAAUCAACUUUAAAUUCUCUGCAGACUGCUGUAGUUGGUAAUGUAUCAUUUGAGCAUAAUACAGUCCUAGCAAUGGAUAUGUUAAAUGCUGAGGACCAGUUGCCUGUUCAAAUUGAGACAACACCAGGACAUAGUAAAGCCCCAGUUGGUUUGGUGUCACCUACUCGUGUCCAGGCACAGCAUUCCAUUGUGCAUGCACAGUCAGGUCAGACUAGUCAAUCACCCUGCCAGCACACCAUACAAACUACUCAAUCAAUGUCUCAGAUUGUCUCACCAUCAGUUCUUCAACAAAAUGCAGUGGCUUCUGAAACACUUUCUAAUUCAUUCAUUGCUCCAGCGGACGCAGCUGUUGCUGGUAGUGGUUUAGGCACACAGAUGCAUGCUGGUCAUCAGGCUCCCUCAACAAUGCAUUCUGCCCACCAAGAUCAAUCCCCAAUGCAUGUUGGGCAACAGGCUCCUUCAAGUAGCAUCACCAAGGACGCUACAACAGACUAUCAAUGUAGCGAGGUAACUAGCACAGUUGAUGACACAAAUACAAAAGAAAUCACAGAAGCUGAUGACGAUGAAGAGCAAAGUAUCGAAGAGACGGAGGAAGACAUAGCCAGUGAUGGCACAGAUGAAGAUUCUGAUGGUAAUGGCAUUGGUAUGCUAAAAAUAGUCAGUGUUGUUAGCUUGCAGGAUGUCAACAGUCUCUCCUUGCUAAGUCCUAAGACUAAUGCAGAACCACCUCCUGUAGACACGGCCCCAGUUGAACCUGAAUUCCCAGCAAGAAAUGAAGAGGUUUUUCAUAUACUUCAAUGUAAGCAUUGUGAACAAGCAUUUAACGAUGAGGAACAUUUUGUCACACAUUUUAGAUAUAAUCACAAUAGCCAAUUUAAAAUCAAGUUUGUGUGUCCAUACUGCACACAGAAGAAAAUGAAAUUAACUGGUUAUGCAUCUAAACACAAGAUUCAGGUGAUAGGUCACGUCGCAAGUUGUCAUGGUUCUGAACCUUUUAAACCAUUGUUUAUGACUGGUGAAAACGUAGCUUUUGAAUGGAAAUCGGUAACCCAAGAUGAACUUGUUGAAUUGCGCAAUUUGGGGAUUUUAAAACUUGAUAAACUCGUACCAACUGGUCCAAAUGAUAUGGCUGAAGAAGUGUGUGAUGAUAACAAUAAAAGCAUCGAUGAUGUCACAGCGCAUACAGAAGAUGAUGUGCCAAAUAUACCAGAAAACAUCAAACAUCCAAUGGUUGACACAGAGCAAACGAACGAAACUACUUCUCUUCCUGGAGAAUCUGAGGGUGUAAAGAAAGGUACUGAAGACAUUCAACAUGAUACUGUAGAUGUCGAACCAGAUUCUAUAGAUAUCACUCCUAAUACUGAAGAUCUCACAAAGCAUGCCGAUGAUCUCACAAAGCAUGGAGAUGGCCCAGAACAAACUGAAGAUCUCACACAAAAUCAAAAACAAGUUGAGCAACAAACCAAAUAUAUCAUGGAAGACAAUGAUGGUUCUGUCAAGCAAAAUAAAAAUAUGGAACAAUUGGACUCCAAAAGUGUGACACUACAAACUGAUGAAACUGCAAAACACAUCAUAGUUGAUAGCAACAAUAGUGACAUGCAAGCUACUGUCAAAGACAUUAUUCAAACUACCAAAGUCAUUCAACAUACUGAUCGGCUCACAGAAGAGAUUCCUGAUGAUCAUAUGGAAGUUCAUGAACAAAUGGUAGAGCCAAUGAGCGCACACUCAGAUACCAAAUCUAAUCAGAACAAAAUGGACACUAUUACGGAACCAGAACCUGUCCCAGCUCAAAUUGAAGAUCCCCCGCAGUCUAAGCCAUUGGACCUCAAGAAGGCCGCAGCAAAUAAGGGGAUCUUCCUUGACAACAUGAAACCAUCCCAAGGCAAAGCAAAAGUUCCUGGUGAUGCAAUUGAACAGCUUCGCCUUCAGCUAGUCAAAAAGAAGACCGAAGAAAUAGAGCGCAUGUCAAGUACCCCAGAUGUUGAGGAAGUCAGCGUUGUCCCUCAGGAGCCAGUUCACAUGGAGAUCUUAGAUGAAAGUGAUACAGAAGAUCAAGAUGAUGACAUGAUUAUUGUGAAUGAAAUACCACCAUUGAUAAAACCGCGGUCUCAAGAACAACCACCAUUACAUUUGACAAAACCAAUGCCACCAUUAUUGUGCAUCCCUACUUGGCCGAGGGUGCCCAAAAAGGAGCCAGCUGAUGCCCAGGAGCUUGACCUAUCCAUGAAGUCUCAUCCAGGACCAGCAAUGUCAGCCAUGGAUAACAUGCAACAACUGCCAUCUUUUGAGCAACUUGACCAACCAACAGGGAUGGUUCACCACCUGCCUACAGGUGGCGUUAUAAAGGAAACUCCCCGGGUGCUGUCCCCUCCCCCUCUGAGGCACCCACCUGCCCAAAUGAGGCCACCACCACCAUUGUUGAGGGCACCCACGGCUGCAAUUGCAAAAUCUCCUACUACACAGACUGGUGGAGGAAUGCGGAGUCACCUGACACCGUUGAGUCGUAUAGUUGAGAUGACAUCCGCAAUGCCACCUGCUCGACCACCACAGCCACCAUGUUUUAGGCACCAUCUUGAGAGGAGUCCUCAAAAUCGGCCUGGACUUUACAAACCAAUAACAUCAGUUAUUACACAAUCGGCAGUGUCUGCUGGGAUGCGGGCACCUCCUCCCUUACAGAGGUCAACUCCUCCCAGAAUGCAUCUUGCCCCUUCAAGGAUGUCUCCUGGCUCACCAUUGCUUGGUCCUAGAUCAUCCAAUGUUGAUGUUAAUACAAGAGGGUCUUUGAAUGCUGGGAUACGUCAGCCACCCCCUGCUCAUCAGGUCCCUAUAACUGCCCAUCAGAAACCUCCAUCAAAGCUGCCACCAGACAUUGAGCUGAUCAAACAAAGGGCAGCAGCAGCCAUAGCUGGUGUGGCCUCACGUCAUCAGAUGCCAAAAGCUCCGCCUCCUGCCCACCAGCAGACCCCGCCUCCAGCACAUCAGACUCCGCCCCCUAGUCACACUCAAUCACCAGGUCCCUAUGCUAGUGUAGUGGGUUUACCAAUGGGGGAAAGUACCACAAUUGGCCCUCAAGAUAUGGGAUCACAAACAUUAUCUUCCAAACAACAAUUCAUUCAACAGUCGGAAUUCCAAGGAAAUUACCCAUGUCCACCAUAUUUCCCUCCUCCCAGAUCAGCGCCAUCUAGGUUUGAACAAGCCCCUACUUCAAUCGACCCCAGAUUUCCACCAUAUGACGAGGGUGAGGAUCAAGAAGGAAUGAAGGAGACAUUUAAAGUUUUCAAUGUCAGACCCAGGGUCUCAUCUCCUCCUAUGUCCCGGCCACAAAUGUUCAGACCUCAGUAUAUUCCUCAAGGGGGUCCCUUUCCUGAGCCUGGGAUGAAUAUUAUGGACUCUGGUAUGUAUCCGCCUCCACCCAGUGGCUUUAAUCAGAAUGAUCAAAAUGUGAUGCAAUACCCCUACAAUAUCCCUCCACCCUCAUACACUUGUCAAGCACAAAGUGCCUAUGGGGUCCCUCAGACAGACUCCUUAGCAGCUUACCGAGCGAGAUUCAUGCAGAGUUCUCCAUUGACUCGUCCCCAGAUGGCUCAAAGUGAUCGGGGGACUGCAAAACAUAAAUGCGAUAUGUGUUCCUUUGCUGCAUUUACUCCGGCUGGACUCAGUGCACAUACAAGGUCUCGUCAUGCGGCUGUUGUAAGCCGAAUCGGGAAUAAUAUGGGAAUGAAUAGAGGUGUUCGAAGAUAGUGCAUAUCAAGAUUUUACAUAUGGGAAAAUAAAUAGAGAUUGCAUUCUAGGACAGAUGUUUCCUUGAACUAAGGAAAUGAAUAGUGGUGUCCGAAAAUGUGUAUUGGUGAUUCAUACAGGUACCAUACCUUAUGAAAAAAGAUUAUUUAAAGAAAGAUUACAUUCAAGGACAAACAUUUCCUUCAAAAUGAUGUGAUCAGAUUUUAAAAUGUAAAAUAGAGAAGACAAGAGUGGACAAAUGUGUACUUAAAACUCGAAAUGGAAGAGAAAUGCCAAAAAAUAAGACAAUGUGGACUUGUUUAUAUUGCAAAAUAGAUAAAAAAGAGUGGAAUCAGCAAGGAAUAAAGUAAAAAGUGUAUAGUACACUA